AUGACUGUUAGCUAUUCAGAUGGAUUUGGGACACACUCAGUGCACACAGGUUCCGCACCUUCACUAGAAACGGGUGCUGUCAUUCCUCCUAUUUCUCUUGCAACAACAUAUGAGCAGUCUGCUGUCGGGGUGCAUAAGGGUUACGAAUAUACCCGGUCGGGAAAUCCAAAUCGCGACCAACUCGAGGCACUUCUAGUAGGCAUUGAAAAGGGCGGACAGUUUGCUCUUGCGUUCGCCUCUGGGUCUUCCACGACAGCGACGGUUCUCCAGAGUCUCGGACCCGACGCGCACGUUCUGAGCGUCAACGAUGUUUAUGGCGGAACCUUCCGCUAUAUGACCAAAGUUUCGAACUUAGAGACGUCUUUCAUUGAUCUGGAGAAGGAAGACGAUGAAACGAUCUACGCUGCAAUAAAGUCUAACACGAAAUUAAUUUGGAUAGAGUCCCCAACAAACCCUACUCUACGUUUAAUCGCCAUCCCUCGCAUCGUCGCAAUUGCACGCUCGCAUCCUUCAAGACCCCUCGUUCUUGUAGAUUCGACAUUUCUCUCUCCAUACUACCAGUCUCCUCUUCUAACCGGAGCGGAUCUCGUCAUGCACUCACUAUCCAAAUAUAUCAACGGACAUUCAGAUGUCCUUAUGGGAGCGCUUAUUCUUCCAGAAAGACACACAGAACUUGCCCAACGUCUUCGUUUCUUGCAAAAUGCCAUUGGCGCUGUCCCCAGUGCGUUUGACUGUUGGCUUGCUCAACGAGGAGCUAAGACGUUAUACCUCCGUAUGCGUCAGCACGGUCAGAGUGCUUUGCGCAUCGCUCGCUUCUUAGAAAGUCGUAUAGGCAACGAAGUAAAGGACGUUAUUUACCCUGGUCUUGCAAGUCAUCCUCUAAACAAUGUCGCGUAUGAGAGUUUGAGUCCUCACGCACGCGCGUGGGUUGAUAGUAUUGGAGAUCGUGAUCUGGCUGGUGGUUUCCCUUACGCUGAGAAUUUCCUUAAAUCGCUACGUCUUUUUACGCUUGCCGAGUCGCUUGGUGGUGUCGAGUCCCUUGCGGAGUUACCAUCUCUCAUGACACACAACUCCAUCCCAACUGCUGAACGUGCUCAACUCGGAAUCGGUGAUGACCUCGUUCGACUAAGCGUUGGUGUUGAGGAUGGUGACGACUUGGUGCGUGAUAUCGAACAGGCUUUGCAGGUUGCUGUAUACGGCGAUUCAGUAGAGACAAAGACAGACGGUAGAGACGAACAAGUUUAUUCAAGUGCAAGCAGAGAUGAUUCUCCGCCUCUCGUUGGUUAG